AUGGCAGGCGUCAGACUCCAGUACCGUCGCCGAAACCCAUACAACACCUCCUCCAACAACGUCCGAGUCAUCAAGACCCCCGGCGGAAAACUUCGUCUUUUGCACAUCAAGAAGCGCGGCACAGCCCCUAAAUGCGGUGACUGCGGCAUCAAACUACCAGGUGUUCCCGCUCUACGACCACGAGAGUAUGCCACCACUAGCAGACCACAAAAGACUGUACAGCGCGCAUAUGGCGGCUCAAGAUGCGCCAACUGCGUACGGGAUCGAAUUGUUCGCGCUUUCUUGAUCGAGGAGCAGAAGAUUGUGAAGAAGGUGCUGAAGGAGACGCAGGAGAAGAAGACGGGGAAGAAAUAG